AUGGACCUCGACAACCAUGGGUCGUCGAGCCCGAACUCGACACCUCGACAGAGAAGCAGCUCUCAACCCUCAGAGGGUCCUGUGAAGCGGAACGACGAGCACGAUUCCCUCGUCACCGUCCGCCUGUCCGAACCGCCGAAGCAGCUGACCCUCAACACCAACGUGGACACCAAUGGCACGAUUCAGAACCGGAGAAGCCUCUUUUCACCCAACCUGAGCGCCAGUCCAAUCAGCCCCAGCCCCCUUAGUGCGUCUUCUGAGACAAAACUGGACGAUGAGAUUAUGAGCCCGGUCACGACCACGUAUGGUUCAAAAGCAAAUUUACAAGAAGAGCUGGACGCACUCCAGGACAACGAGGACGACAGCAAGACGAUAAGCGGUGUCGAAGCCGCCGAGGAGUCCGACGACGACGACGAGGAAGUGAACUGGGACCAACUGCAGAAGACAGAGGACGCCGUGGUCAAGGACAACGAUUCUGAAGACUCCACCGCCAUGCUGCUCGCCCGUCUGGAGCAGGCAAAUGACGAACUUGCUACGAACCCGAAAAGUAUCAAGGCCAAGAGCCCGCUCGAGAGGGUUCAGCAAUCUGCCCGCAAGCCGCGACCGCCUUCUAUGGCACAAUUACGAGAGAUGGUCCAGGGGCCCGUUGCGGCCCCUCUGCGGUACUCGAUGUUGCCGCCGCCGCCGAUGACAGACCUCGAAUUCUACGCGGCGCUGGUCAAGGACUACCAACAGACGGCGGCCCGCCUGCCGACGCUCCUGUCCAACAAGAUCCGCAAGGGCAUCCCGCCGCCGCUCAGGGGAGUCGUCUGGCAGAGCAUGUCCGGGGCGAGGGACUCGACGCUCGAGGACGCAUUCGAGAGGUUCACCGGCGAGUCGAGCCCGUACGAAGGCCUGAUCGGCAAGGACCUCGGGCGCAGCUUUCCCGGGGUGGACAUGUUCCGCGACCCUGACGGCGACGGGCAGCGGAUGCUGGGGCGGGUGCUCAAGUGCUACAGCCUGUACGACCAGAAGAUCGGGUACUGUCAGGGGCUCGCCCUAUUGGUCGGGCCCCUCCUGAUGCACAUGACGGACAAGCAGGCGUUCUGUGUGCUGGUCAAGUUGAUGGAGAAUUAUGAUCUGCGGUCGUCCUUCACGCCGGACCUGCAUGGGCUGCACGUCAAGAUUUACCAGUUCCGGGAGCUGCUCAAGCUGGAUCUGCCUGCGCUAUCAGGCCACCUGGAUGAUUUGCAGGUCGAUCCCGCCUACGUUUCACAAUGGUUCCUGUCCUUCUUCGCGGUGACAUGCCCUCUGCCGAUGCUGUUUCGCAUCUACGAUGUCAUUUUUGCCGAGGGCGCAAUCGAGACGAUCAUGCGGGUGGCCCUGUCGCUAAUGCGCAAGAAUCAGGGGCGCAUCCUUGCCUGUACCGAAAUGGAGGAUGUGCUGCAGCUCCUCCUCUCCCGUGGCCUGUGGGAUUGCUACCACUACAACGCUGACGAGUUUGUGCAUGACUUUGUCAGUCUAUCCAGCGUUGUGACCAGAGAACGACUCGCGGCGCUAGAACAGGGGUACAGGGAGAGCCAGUUGACCACCCCACCCACCAGCACUGGCGCCAAUGCAGCACGGGCGUCGGCCGUGUCUACCGCUGCAUCCCGCUUCCUGGGCCGCCUUUGGGCCAACUCGACCACCUCUCUCAAAGCAUCGCCCAACACUGCAUCCGCCAACCUCAGCCCCGGAGCAGCAUCCCGUCCAAUGAGCAUGCUGCGCCGAACCGCAUCCACAGAGCCUGGCUUCCACAUUGAACUCGAUGGAAGCCAGCUCAUCAACAUCCACCUCGUCCGCCUCGAGUGUACUUACCGACGCCACCACAAUCUCCCCAGGGACUCGACCGCCGACGACAGCGCCACCCCCGGUAAACUGGCCUCCCAGAACAACAACUCCGACAGCAAGAACCUCCACACCCAGAUCGAAGACCUUCUUGUCGCCCUGAGCGAUCUCCAGCGACAGCAUGCACAGCUCGCCGACCAAUUGCAAAAGGAGAGGGAAGAGAGGGAAGAGGACCGCGCGGCCGUCCGCACGCUGCUCACCGGGCUCAGGAAGAAGGGGAGCAAUGAGACCCUGACGACUGCACACAGCGGCGACAGCGAAGAGACCAUCACACCAGGGCAGAGCAUAGAGAAGCUCACGGCCGAGGGGCUCUCAGAGCUCCUGGACAGCCUCGAGGACAGGUUCGGCAGCGAUUCCAGCAAGAGACGGUCAUCUAUAACACAGACUAAGACGCAGAUGCGUGAUGAUGUCUCAAGAGCCAAGGAACACUUGCGCAUCGAAAUGACCAGGACCCAGGAUGCAAACAGGCGGGCCCUAGACCUCGAGGAAGAGAUCAAAACCAUCAAGGAGCAGCUUCGGGAAAGCCAUGCCCACGUGCGGAACUUGCACAACGACAAGCAGCGUCUGGAGAAGCAGGUGCAUAGCAUGCGCGUGCGCGCUUCCGACUCGACCAACGACAGUGGAGGCGGCUGGUUGUCUAGGAGCCCCAGCACCAAGUCCACUGCCCCUGGCCUGCGGGAGUUCAAGCUCAACCGCAGCAAGUCGACUCCUUCGCAGAUCACGGUCAACAAGCGCACCUCGUCGCUCCUGAUGAUUGACUCGAAGGAGCCCAUGCCGCCGCCACCAACGUCCGCACCCAAGUCGGCGUCACCGACGGCGACACAGAAGCCGCCCCCAGGCGACGAGAACGAAGCAUUGCUACUUGAGCUGGUUGAAGCAAAGACGGCGCAGGCCGUCGCGAGACAGGAAGCCGAUGAGGCCAAGCAGAAGCUUGAGCAGCUCCGUAAGAUGGUGGGACUCCCAUCAGGGGACCAGCCGGCGGCAGCCCAACCCGCAGCUGCGUCCGUCAUGGGCAUGUUCAGGAGCUUCUCGUCGCCGGCUGCCGAGGCGACGCCUGCAGCCGAUAAGGCUGCUGCACCGGUGGCUCCCGCACCCACUCCGGCAGCGGCGCCGGCACCUGCCUCGAGCGGUGGUGGGUUCUGGGGAUGGGGAAGGAAAUAA